UGUCAUACUUUUAGCGCCAUUACUUCAGUUCUGUGCUUCGAUGGAGAACUAUGGAAGAGGUAGAGGGAGAGGUGGAGGAAGGAACCCUGGAGGAGGGAGAGGUGGAGAAAGGAACCCUGGAGGUGGAGGGAGGGGGAGGGGACAAAACCGUGAUCAACAUUACGGUUCAAAUCCUUCCAACUUCCAGAGUUUCCCUGCUCAGCAGAGGGAAUUUCUACCGGCCGGCCAGGAUCUUAGUUUCAGGCAAGGACCCGCUACGUAUCAGGGUCAGUCUGGCGAACCCAGAAGGCCGAUUUCAGGAGAUGAUUGGAGGUUAAGGCAAGGACCCAGUUCGAGUCAGGGUCAAUUUGCAGAACCCACUAGGCCGGCUUCGGCUUGGGUAGGUUCGCCAUGGGGAAGUAGUAGAGGGAGUCACAGUGGAGGUGGUGGCUCCAUUGGUUCUGGACGUGGUGGAGGCGCGUGGAAUAAUGUUCCUGGUAGUUCCACGUGCUCUGGUUCUGUCUCUGGGAAAAAUGGAGGGAAAUGGAUAUCGACUGAUAUCCAUUCUCCUUAUGUGCUCCGCCAAGAUAUGUUUUGGAUUUCCAAAGCAAAUCUCUGGUCCCGAAAAAUCUCCAUUAAGUUGAGAGCAAUGGACUAUCCAGUGACUCUCUCUUCGCAUGCAUUGCCUAGCAUCUUGACUAAUUUCCUUUUCUAUUUUGAAUCUCACUCUACAGAUCCACCAAUUUCAGAGCUAAGAUCUCUGGAUAUUUCACGUUCACUGCCACAACCACCUCCUCCUGAAUCAGGGAAUAUUGUCCCUGUUAAACGGCCUGAUGAUGGUGGAACAUCUUAUGUCCGAAAGCUUCACCUUCUUGUUAAUCAUUUCCCCAUCGAGUUCAAUCACCAUAUGACUAUGUUGCAAUACAACAUUGAUGUUGAGCCAGAGAUGCCACCCAAGCAUGGUGGACCUUCACGAGUUUCGAAUUCAGAAAUUCGUUUGGUAAUGAACAAAAUAUUCUCUGAUGAUCCGAUGCAGUUUCCGUCUUCCAUGACUGCUUAUGAUGGAGGAAAGAUAAUCAUAAGUGCAGUAAAUCUACCCAUUGGGAAAUCUAGGGUGGAUGUGCCAAAGGGUGAGGCCGUCAAGUCAUAUAUAUUUAGUAUAGAGUUGGUGAAGAAGCUAGAGCUUGGAAAGUUGAUGGACUACAUGAAUGGAACACUCCCACUUAUCCCCCGUGCAAUCUUACAGGGGAUGGACCUUGUCAUGAAAGAGAACCCAAAGAAGCAUUGUGUUCAAGUUGGCCAGGGCUUUUACUCCAUGAAUUACAGAAGGAAUGAUGAUCUUGGUUGUGGAGUCGUAGCAUGCAGGGGUUUUCAGCAGAGCUUGAAGCUCACUUCCCAGGGGCUGGCCUUAUGUGUGGAUUACUCUGUUCUACCAUUUCGGAAGCCAGUUCCAGUUCUAGAAUUCCUCCAACAGCGCGUGGCUGGGUUCUGUACUGAUCGUAUUGAUAACAAUUUGAGGCAUAGUGCUAAGAAGGAAUUGAAAGGGUUAAGAGUGACAGUGACUCACAGGAAAACCAACCAAAAGUUUACAAUCAUGGGAUUAACAGGUCCCACAGGGAACGAUUUGACUUUCUCACUCGAGGACCGGGAUGGUAUUAAUCCACCUCAAGAGGUUCGACUAGUGGAUUAUUUCAGAAACAAAUACAACAAGGAGAUCAAAUUCAAAAAUCUACCUUGCUUGGAUUUGGGAAAGAGUGGUAAUGUACCUAUGGAGUUGUGUGUGUUGGUAGAGGGGCAGAGAUAUCCAAAGGAUCAACUGGGAAAGAAUCCAGCAACAAAAUUGAAGGACAUAUCACUGCCGAAGCCUUGGGAAAGAAUGGAUGUUAUAUAUGACCUGGUUCAAGCAAAAGAUGGUCCUCUCGGAGGAGAAACGAUUCACAACUUUGAAAUUGAAGCCAGCACAGAGAUGACACAGGUGAUUGGCCGGGUCAUCAGAGCACCUAAUCUGAAACUUGGUGAUAAUCGUGGCAGGGCAUGUAAAUUCACUCCAAACAGGGAAGACUGCCAGUGGAACCUUCUUGACAGAACUGUCUUAGAAGGGAAGAACAUUGAGAGGUGGGCGGUCCUCGAAUUUAGUUCAUCUGAUCGGAGGUUCGAGCCAAACUCUUUGAUCUAUGAUGAGUUUGUACACCAAUUAAUGAUGCGGUGCAGAAAACUUGGGAUCCACAUGAAGAAUCCUCUCUUCCAUGAGCUAUCUGAUAUGCGUGUGCUCUCUGAUACUGACAUGCUUCGUAAGCUGCUUAAUGAUGUAUAUGAUAAGGCAAAUCACCAGUUGCAGAUUCUUGUUUGUCCAAUGAUAGAAAGACAUCCGGGUUAUAAUGCUCUCAAGUGGAUUUGUGAGACACAGGUUGGCAUAGUGACACAAUGUUGUUUGAGCAACAACUGCAACAUGACUAAAGAUCAGUACCAACCUAUUGAGAAAAAAAAGAAAAAAUUGGACCAGUACCUGGCAAACCUUGCUCUUAAGAUCAAUACAAAGCUUGGAGGAAGCAACUUUGAGCUCUUUGACCGUCUUCCACGUCUUGAAGUUGAUGAACAUGUGAUGUUUAUUGGGGCUGAUGUCAAUCAUCCAAGCGCAGGAAAUGCAUCAAGCCCGUCUGCUGCAGCUGUUGUUGCAACUGUAAAUUGGCCUGCUGCAAACAAGUAUGUAGCACAGUAUCGUCUUCAAAAGCAUCGAACUGAGAGGAUCCUGGAAUUUGGGGAGAUGUGUUUGGAGCUAAUAAACAAAUAUGCUGAGCUCAACAAAGUCAAGCCGAAGAAAAUCAUAGUGUUACGUGAUGGGGUCAGCGACAGCCAGUUUGAUAUGGUUUUGAAUGAAGAAUUAAUGGAUAUCAAAAAGGCAAUUCAAUGUGAUGGGUAUUCCCCAACCGUCACACUUGUGACUGCACAGAAGCGUCACCAAACUCGUCUCUUCCCCAUGGAUGAGAAUCAAGGAGCCCGUGGUGGUAAUGUUUUCCCUGGGACGGUUGUGGAUAGAACCAUUGUGCACCCUUGGGAAUACGACUUCUACCUUUGUAGCCACUAUGGGCUCCUAGGAACAAGCAAGCCGACGCACUACUACUGCCUUUGGGAUGAGCACAAGUUCAGUUCAGAUGAGUUGCAACAGAUAAUAAACAACCUGUGCUACACCUUUACUCGAUGCACAAAACCUGUGUCGUUGGUUCCACCUGCAUACUAUGCCGACAUUCUGGCAUUAAGGGUACGACAGUACUAUGAAGCUUGGGAGGUUGAUUCUGCUACUUCAUCAUCUUCAUGUUCAUCCUCAUCUAUUUCACCUCAAUUCGAUCCAAAGAUCUUCAAGCUGCACAGUGAUCUUGAGAACGCCAUGUUCUUCUCUUAAAGGUCCAAAUGGAUGCAGUCCACCAAUCAGGUUCAAUCUCCUUAUCUAUAUGGCCUUGCAUAGUUGAGGAGUUUGUGCGUGAAUCUAAAAGAUUCUACUUUGAAUCCUCGAGGUUCUAGUUUGAGUCCC